AUUCAUCUCCUUCUUCCUCAAUCUCUCAGAACCAUAACACUUUCAACCCACAACAACAAUUACAGUCUGAGAUUUGUUGUUAGAUUUUACAAGAUUUCCCAAGAUGCAUAAACUUGUUCUACUCUCUCUUCUCCUCUUCUCUGUCUCACAUUUCAAUGUGGUACAAGCAGACAAUGCGCCUGCUCCUUCUCCCAAGCCCUCCACAACCACGCCAAAGCCGCCGUCACCACAGCCACAACAAACACCACCACCGCAACCCUCUAAGGCUUCUCCUCCUGCCACUACUCCGGCCACUACUCCCGCCACUACUCCGUCAACUUCUCCGCCAUCCCCUCCGAACCCUCCGACUCAGUCCCCGCCUUCGCCUGCCCCCAAAACCGCUCCGACAGUUUCUCCGCCAACCCAACAAACUCCUCCGGCAGCGACACCCGCCGUCUCUCCGGCAACUCCUCCGACACAUGUUUCUCCCGCGAAGAGCCCAUCGAAAAGUGUAUCUCCCCCGGUUCAAUCUCCGCCGACUCCUCCGCCCACCGUCGCCUCUCCGGCCAAGACUCCGGUGACUGCGCCAGCAAAAAGUCCGGUCGGGGUUUCCCCAGUUGCAGAGGCUCCGGAGAUUGCGGCGACCCCCUCGGAACCAGCAGGCAUUCCUUCGAGUUCUGCAACACCGGCAGGGUCGCCGGGAGUGUUCCCGUCAAGCGGUAGCCCACCAAUUCCCGCCCCGUCGAGCCUAUCGCCGGAGUCUGCGCAGGGUCCAUCUAGUGAUGAUUCUUCCGGUUCGAGUUUGAAGUAUGGGGUUUUGAGUGGGCUGUCCAUUUGGGUUGCUUUGGCUCUCUAAAUCAUCUAUACUUCCAUUUUCUGUUCUUCCAUAUUAUUUAUAUUUUAUUUAUUUAUUAAGACUUAUUUUUCUUUCUCUUUUGUAUCAUUUUUUUGUUGUUGAAUGAUAAAUAUUCGUUUAUUAUCA